AUGGGAUCAAAAAGGAAGAGAGAUAAUAAAGAGAGUAACCGACUACCAAAACAGAAAAAGCAGAAAAUCAAUAGUAAAAAUAGUCUACCAAAUCCAAACAAAAAAUUCAAUUCAUAUGAAAAUUUAAAUUCAGAAGAUAAUUCAGAUUCAGAAUACGUAUAUGAUUACAAUAAUAAUGAUGAAAUAGAUGAUUAUUCAGAUAAUGAUGGGUUUCAUCUAAUAGAUAGUGAAGAUGAAGAUGAAAUUGAAAAUUCACCUGGUUAUAUAACUAAUGAAAAAGAUUAUGAUGAAAUUGAAGAUUUUGAAAAUAAUGAAGAUAUCAAUGAUGAUUAUGAUCCAACUGAAUUUAUACCAAAAGAUAAACCAAAAGAAGAAAGUAAUGAAGUAACUAAAAAUCAAGAUUUUAUAGGAUUUGGGUUUUCAUCGUCCUCAGAAGAAGAAGACGAAGAAAAUAUAUCAGAUCAAAAUGAAUAUAAUGAUGGACCAAUGGAUUCGACACCAAAAGCCAACUACGGACCCAACAAUAACACCCCUCAUUCAACAUAUGCAUGGAUAAAAAAUCAUGAUCAUUCAACUCAAAAAGAAAUAGCAGAUUGGUUAACAUUAGAAAUUAAAGAUUUUGUAAAUUAUAUAUCACCACAUAAAUCAGAAAUUAUAAUGAGAAAUAAAAUUAUAAAUAAUUUAAAAACUCAAAUUUCAAAAUUUUGGCCAGGUACAGAAACUCAUGUAUUUGGAUCAUGUGCAACUGAUUUAUAUUUACCUGGUUCAGAUAUUGAUUUAGUUAUAAUUUCCGACACGGGAGAUUAUGAAAAUAGAUCAAGAUUAUAUCAAUUAAGUUCAUUUUUAAAAGCUAAAAAAUUAGCUGAUAAAGUUGAAGUUAUUGCUUCUGCAAAAGUUCCAAUAAUAAAAUUUGUUGAUCCUUUAUCAAAUUUAAAUAUUGAUAUUAGUUUUGAAAGAAAAAAUGGUAUUGAUGCAGCAAAAAGAAUUAGAAAAUGGCUUAAUUCAACUCCAGGAUUAAGAGAAUUAGUAUUAGUUAUAAAACAAUUUUUAAGAUCAAGAAAAUUAAAUAAUGUUCAUGUUGGAGGAUUAGGUGGUUAUGCAACAAUUAUAAUGUGUUAUCAUUUUAUAAAACUUCAUCCGAAAAUAGCAACAAAUUCAAUGAAUGCAUUAGAUAAUUUAGGAGUUUUAUUAAUUGAAUUUUUUGAAUUAUAUGGUAGAAAUUUUUCUUAUGAUAAUUUAAUUAUUGCAUUAGAUAAAAAAACAGAUUUACCAAAAUAUUUAAUAAAAGGUAAAAAAUAUUCAAAUUUAAAUACUUCAAGAAAUACUUUUAGUAUAGUAAUUCAAGAUCCUGCAGAUCCAUUAAAUAAUAUAACAAGAUCAUCAUAUAAUUUAAGGGAUUUAAAGAAGGCAUUUGGUGGUGCGUUCCAAUUAUUAAUUUCAAAAUGUUAUGAAUUAAAUUCUGCUUCAUAUAAAAAAAGAUUAAAUCAACUGAUUUUAGGAGAUAUUAUAAAAUUUAAAGGUAAACAAAGAGAUUUUAAUGAUGAUAGAAAUAUUAUUGUAAAUGAUGCUUUGAUUAAUGAUGAUGAUGAAUCACAAGAAGUAGAGGAAGAAGAUGAUGAAGAAGAUUAUGAUCCUGAAGCAAAUUUAAAUAUAGGAAAUUCAAAAUAUAAAAGUAUAAAUGAUAAAUAUUAUUUUUCCGAUAUGACAAUUGAAAGUGAUGAUGAAGAAAAAGAUGAUGAAGAUGAGAAUGAUGAAAAUGACGAAUACAAACCCAAGGUAGUAAAAUUAAAAUCAAAUUCAAAUUCAAAAAGUCUACCAAAAUCAAGAUCAAUUACACCAACUCCAAUUACAAAUAAAUCAAAAGAUACAAAAAAAUUAGUUGAAUCAUUUUUAAGUCUCGAAAAAGAUGAAAAUGACAUUGAAGAUGGAAAUGAUGAAGGUGAAAAUGAGAAUAAAAAUCAAGAAAACAACAAUAAUUUACCUAAAAAACCAAACUUAAGUAAUUUACCCAAAAAACCGAAUCUUGAUAAAGACAUAAAAAGAGAUUUUUGGAGACAAAAAGGUUUAGAUAUGUAA